GACUGGGUUUAUUUUGGGAGGUGGAAUAAAAGUGGAUAUAGCAUAAAUUAUCCUCUAAUUAUACACCAGUGUCGCCUCAAUUAUCCUCUUAUCAAAAUGGUUGUCUAACUGCCGCAUUUAGUUUCAAUUCUCUCCUUUUUUUCUAUAAAAAGAACUUCAUACCUUGUUAUUAUUAAUCCAUUUAUUAUUUGCAAGGGGAUUUAUAUCCGCACAUCCAGGUGGUAGAACCACUUCUCUUUCAAAGAUGGACUGGGGAAAGACAUUAAGUUCGGAGCAGCCCAGGGCUGUGGAUCUAGCCUUUCUCCGUCUAGUCUCCAGACCUACUCAGAUCCAGGCAGCUGAGGAGAGACAGCGGAAUCCCGGAGCGAGGCUCAGGCCCGGCCACCAGGUCCCCUCCCUCAUCUCUCCUCAAUUAAGAGAAAAAAAUCCCCAGAGGUUGGUGCGACGGGAAGAGUACCAGCAUCGCUGCUCCCCAUUCUCUUUGGGGCUUCGGCCAUCUCCACCUCCGCCCCCGCCCCCCCCCCCCCCCCCCGGCCAUGUGGAUUUCUGUCCAAAGUGCAGGAGCGUUGGAUGGACCAAGAACUCUAUGGGCAGUAGAGCCGGUCACCAGUCAAACCGGACGGCGCACUCCCAGGCACGAGCCCCGGCCGCUAAGAAGCCCAAGGCCAGCACCUGCAAGCCCGCCUGCGUGGGUGGGCGGCUGCUCCGCGGCUUCCAGCCCCCACCUCUCAGGAGAAGCGCCUGACUCAGGGAACGCCUGCAGGGAUGUCCUCUAAACCUCUCCAAGACCCCCAGUGAGGGCACGGAGACCCCAGAGAUCCAUCUCCUUGGAGCAGAAUGGCCUUUUCUGGAAAGGGAUCUCAGUGGGCGACAAAUAGCCACCAUUACGCCCUAAGCCUCCCGCGGGAAAGCUCCGAGUCUGGGCGCUGAGCUUUGGCAGACCCGCGUGCGGCGUCGCGCGGAGGACCGCGCCCACACGCGCUCCCGGAAUCGCAGUGAGCUCAUUCUCCCCGGUAGGAACGGACAUCGUUCCUCUGGCUUUCAAUUACUCUCAGCUUACCUGCAGGGAGAGCAGACUUGUAUUUUUCCUCCGAAAAACCUCUUACCCUCGAUUCCCCCAGAUUUCCCCUUACCCCUCAACCGACCUUAGCCCAAAGAAGGGCGAGAUAGCGGCUUGAUUCUUUGAUAUGACACGAAUAGUUGUUGCAUCAUGUAACUUCCUGCAUCUUGGUUUUAAUUUGCCGUGAACCAAACAAAGAUAUUUGCAAUUUUAAAAUAAGCACUCGAUUUAAUAAAUGGGAACAUUGUGCAGGGAAGACUAUGCUCCCCCUCCCCCCCCCCCCCCCAGAAGACGUUAUUAGCUCUGACAGCAUGCCGCUCAGGUUUGCGGAGAGGAUUUUGUAAAGGGAUGACAGACAGGAAGGCCAGCAAUCAUGGGCUCCUUGGGCUGAAGCUUUUUUUUCUUUCUUUCUUUCUUUCUUUCUUUUUUUUUUUUUUUAUCAGAAUGUUCUGUUCGAUGCCAUUUAUCCUUGAUGAUAGAAAAUUGCGCUGUUGCCAGGACGCUGCUGCUGCCGCUGAAAUAGAGGGCAGGAGCCACAUUUCCAUUUUCCGGCUUGAAAGCUAUUCAAAUGAAUUUGUGGAGAGGUGGGGGGAACGUCUAGCGAUAAACAAAUGAGAAUAAAUCGAGUUCCCCUUUCCAUUCUUUCCUUUAAAUGGGUACUCUUCAUUUCCGAUAUAAAGAUUUUUGUUCAUCAGUGUUUAGGAAUACCUGGGAGAUAGUGUGAGCCAACGUAUAAUUUAUUUUGAUGUUCUUAAAGUGACUAACCACGUAAACAUUUAAAAGGGAUGCAUGUCUAAACAUAUAUAAAGUAUAAGAACUAUACAUACAUAGAUCCCGUACAUACAUACCUUCACACAAUUCCAAAAUACAAUGAAAGAUCAACUCUUCAGCAGAGUUUCAAUCGAAUACAAUUUGCAAGCAAUGCUGGCUGUUGGUAGUUGCGGACUUCUUGCUAGUUGUGUAUAUGCAAGGAUUGUUAGAUGGGAUUAUUUUUUAAAGCCCUCCCCAUAUUAUAUAUUUCAGAAUGCUAUGUAAUUUUAUUACUCUGUGGGUCUUAACUGAUUUAAACACCCUCCCCUCCAAAAAAAAAAACUGAUGAAAGUCACCCUUUGUUAUGUGCUUCUUUCAAGUUAAUUUUCCAAAUUUACCUUUAAAGUUUUCUAAGUUAGCAAAUACAAGUCAAAAGAGUUGGUAAACCUUACUUGUAACGAUGUGAAGAGAGGCUGAAGCCUGCACUUCCCUUCCUUAGAAUUUCGAUUUUCUGCUGGAUUAAAAAGAUCACAUAUUAAUAGGAACUUAAGGAAUCAUGCCCAAAACAUGAAGUUUUAAAAAUGAGAGCUUAAAAAAAUACAACCCAUGAGAAUACAUACAUACAUAUUAGCAAUGUCUUGGCAGAAACUGUAAAACUUACAGGGCUCCCACUGCGCUUUAGUAAGUAACUUUUACUAAAUUCUAACUCCUAUAUUUUGCAAAGUCAGACACCGACGGUUAGAAAUUUUUCAGCAAUAUAAAGUCCUUUAAAAUACAGCGACUAAUUGUACUUGAGUUUUCAGGUGGUCCUUUAAACUUCGGGAAAAAACACCCUGCAAUAUUUUAAAACUUAACAUUUUUAAAAUGAAUUGUGGGUCUCUAACUACUAUCCUUUUUCGCUACAGGAUGGUUUCCGAGUGAUAGGCCACCGCUGUGCAAACCAGGGCUGCAGAAAGAAUAAUAGUGUAAAAAUAGG